UAUAUCGCGACAAAAUGGUGAAGCAUCAUCUCAUGAUAGGGACAUGGACUCCCCCAGGCGUCAUCAUCACUGUGGCUUUCGACGAUGAGAAAUUGACUCUUGAGUUGGUCAAGAAGACUGAAAUUCCUCAAGAUGAGCCCAUUAGCUGGAUGGCUUUGGAUCACCAAAGAAAAAAUGUCUACGGCGCAAGCAUGAAGAAAUGGAGCUCCCAUCGCAUAGAUAGCCCCAGCGAGAUUGUACAUACGGGCAGCUUUGAGAUUGGGGGAGACCCAAAAGCAAAAUAUGCUUCAACCAAAACUCGCGCGAUAUUCCUCCUCCCAGCGCGCAAACCACCGUACAACGUCUACUGCAACCCCUUCUACGAUCAUGCAGGAUUCGGCAACGUCUUCUCCGUCACCCCUUCGGGCGCAUUAGACAAGAACAUCCAAGAUUACGAAUACUGCCCUCAGACUGCUAUACACGGAAUGGUCUUCGACCCUACCGAAACCUAUCUAUACUCCUCCGACAUGUGGGCAAAUCGAAUAUGGUGUCACAAGAAGAUUGAUGAUGAGGGUAGGGUAGAAACAGUAGGCUACACAGAAGCGCCAGGAGCAAAGGAUCAUCCGCGAUGGGUCGAAUGCCAUCCCAACGGCCGAUUUCUAUAUGUUCUGAUGGAAGCGGGGAAUCGAAUUUGCGAGUACGUUGUUGAUCCGAAAACGAAACUUCCUAUAUACACGGAGCGAUGCUGGCCGUUGAUCCCACCAGACAUCCCAAACCCUCACAUGUACCGAUCCGACGUAGUAUUCCUCACUCAAUCCUCAAAAUACCUUUUUGCAACCUCGCGCGCAAACUCCUUCGACCUCACCGGCUACAUCGCCGCCUUCUCCAUCGCUCCCUCCGGCGCCGUCGAACGCCAGAUCUGUCUCAAUCCCACCCCCACUUCCGGCGGCCACAGCAAUGCUGUCAGCCCGUGCCCGUGGACAGACGAAUGGCUAGCGCUGACGGAUGAUGAGAAGGGUGGCAUUGAAAUCUAUAGAUGGCAUAAGGAGUUUUUGGCGAGAGUGGCGAGGUUGGAGAUUGGAGAGAAAGGGUUUGGGAUGAAUGCUGUUUGGUAUGAUUAA